AUUAUUUUUUACUGUGUUUAGUUUAUAAUUGGUGUCCAUGUCGACCCUAUUCCAUCGCCACAUUGGAGGCCAGAACUCAAAUUUACUCUAUGCAGAGGUAACCUUCAUCUCUAUUGCUAACAAUCUCCCCUGCAGACAUUUUCUUUACACAUUGAUCUCUAAAGCAAUACGGCGAGCUCCCACUGUAUAUAUAUCAAGCUCAAGAAGGACUUCUGCAACUCAGAACAAAGAAAGAGAAGUUCCAAAAAUGGCAGACACGCCAACAAUGGCGCUCAAGGCUUCAUCAGACCAGCCUAAGAGCAGCACAGAACAUACAAAAUCGACAAGACUCUGGGUGAAGACCUCUUCCAAGUUUAACCAGUCGUCUCGGUGCAAGAAUUUCAAUCUCCCGAAUCACCCAAACCCCACCAUGGACAAGGAUCUCAGCUCAGCUCUGGAAAUUUUUACACGGAACACGCGCACAAUCGAACAAAAUUUUGAAUCCCUAGCUUUGUGAGAUCGCUCGCCGCGGAUGUUCGCGGCUCGAUUGGUGGUGGUGGUGAUCCGACGAGCAUAAUUAGCCGCUCCUUGAUCUGAUCACGGCUGCAUUUCUGUUAGCUGGAUUUUGUGUGGAUGGAUGAUCUGGAGUUCUGCUGUUGAUUUUAUGCUGUUUGUAGAAAGUUUGGUGGCCAGUAGCUUAAAGAAAAUGGAGACAAAUACCUGCAAUGUUAACCACUUGAAUGCAGAUGCUCUUUUACCGCCUAGAAAGCGACUACUGGCUGGAUUGAAGAGGCAGAGCUCCGAUGUUCAUUCUUUAAUGCCAACUACUACUUCCCAUAGUUCAGAAAGUGAAUACAACGCUCGCCUUAAUAAUCUGAUGAGGCUUCACUUGAGCAGCGACCGUAAUCUUUCAAACGAGGAGAUCGUUGAAGCCUCUAGAUGUGCGGCUAUAAGAGCUGCAGAGGUUGCAGAGGCUGCAAGGGCUAAUGCUGAACAGAAGGCUGCAAAAGCCGCAAAAGCCAUGGCUGCAGCCAAGAGUGCUCUGGAUCUCGUGGCUUCUCUUUCAGAAGAGGCGUCCGGAAAGGAAAAGCAUCAAAAGAAGAACAAGAUGAAGAAACACGUACCUGUACAGGCUUUUUACAAUAGGAAUAAGAGAAAUACUAAUUGUAAGACAGAUGAAGAAUUGGCUCGCAAGCUGCAUCAGGCCAUUAAUAGUUCCCCACGAAUUUUGAAGUCUGAUUCGAAGAAUCAAAAGCAUAAAAAGCUCAAGACUAGUAUGCACAAUGGUGUGCCUCUCAAUCAGGAAGGCCCGAGCAAGAGUAGUAAUGGUGUAGGAGGUCAGGUAGACAUGGAAGGUCCCAUAAAGGAUAUAGACAUGAUUAUGGUAGAUUUGAACACAUCGAAACAUGAUGACAGAGACAGAGACAGAGAUGGAUCACCACCAAAGCUAGAAAACGGAGUUAGCAUUCCCCCAAAGGAUAAUAAGUCUUCUGAGUCACCGGACAGCACUGGUAAGAAACGGGGACGAACUAAGCAGAAGAAAUUGCCCUUGAGCAUUUGUAGUUUCCGGGAUCAGACCAGCAGCCCGAAGGGCGGGGAGAUGAAACCCCGAGGCGAAGAUUGCAUGGACAGCCAUACUGCAACCACGACUUCUGGAGACAGUUUAAUGCCGUCGUGGAAAUGCCAAGCGUUCAGGGCGCCACAAACGUGCAUUACACAGAGUAAAGUUAUGCAGUCUUGACAGAUAGACAGACUAUACAUACAGACAGACAGGCGACAAUCAUGACGACCACGACGAAUAUGACUCCUCCACCGAGGCUGUCUAGGUACGUAAGAAUUUUUACUUAGUAAUAAUCUGGAGGCCUUGUUUUUUGUUCAUUUCUCUUACGGUUUGUGAGCGAGCACAUGAUUUUUACUCUCAUGAUUUUGAACUUAAAUGUAUAUUAUCUAUAUCUAUAUACAUAUAUAUAUAUGUUUGAUGGCUUGCA